AUGUUUAAUCAGCACAACAAGAAGACCUAUACCCUUAAUACCGGCGCUAAAAUCCCCGCCGUCGGUUUGGGAACAUGGCAGUCCAAGCCCAAUGAGGUCCGUGAGGCCGUCAAGAACGCCCUUCUCGCUGGAUACCGUCAUAUCGAUACUGCUCUGGCCUAUGGCAAUGAGGCCGAGGUGGGCGCGGGUAUCAAGGACUCCGCCGUGCCCCGCGAGGAAAUCUGGCUCACCACCAAGCUGGACAACACCUGGCACCACUGCGUGAACAAGGGCAUUGAAUCCUCUCUCAAGGACCUCGGUACUGACUACGUCGACCUCUACCUGGUUCACUGGCCCAGCUCCACCGAUCCCGAUGACAAGUCUAAGCACCUGCCCGACUGGAACUUCAUCAAGACCUGGCAAGAGAUGCAGAAGCUGCUCGCCACGGGCAAGGUCCGCAACAUUGGUGUCUCCAACUUUGGCAUCCAGAAUCUGGAGAAGCUCCUCAACGACCCGAGCACCAAGAUCGUCCCCGCCGUUAACCAAAUCGAGCUGCACCCCAAUAACCCAUCCCCCAAGCUAGUUGCAUAUAACACCUCCAAGGGUAUCCACUCCACCGGCUACUCAUGCCUAGGCUCAACCAACUCCCCUCUCUACAAGGACCCCACUCUCCUACAGAUCGCAGAGAAGAAGGGCAAGACCCCUCAGCAAGUGCUCUUGGUCUGGGGUGUUACUAAGGGAUGGAGUGUCAUUCCCAAAUCUGUCAGUAAGUCGCGUAUUAAGGGCAACUUCGAUAUCAACGGCUGGAACUUGACUGCGGAAGAGAUGAACCAGCUGGACAACCUUAAGGACCGCUUCAAGGUCUGCGGUGAUUCCUGGUUGCCUAUCAAGGUAUUCUUCGGCGAUGAUGAGGAAAUCGCUCGCCAUGAUGAUGUAUUAUCAGUACAUAAGCUUUAG